CACCUACCCUGCUGCCACUAAUUGCUGUAGUCGGUCGACAAAACACCACGCCCGAGGUGUGUGUGCAUCGUCAUGCAUUCAUGAAAGAAGUAUUAUCCAACACGCCGCACGUCGGAGAACGUCACAUCACACCGUCGGCAGCAGCUUCUGCACCAAGAAUAGCUCCAUGCCCAGGUCGAAGAGCUUCGACUGACAGACACAACAACCAUGGGACACAGCAGACACACACAAGGAUGGACACAGGCACAGGUGUGUAUGGUAUGGGUGGGCCCUUUGUGUGUGUGUCUCGCUCACUCACCAAAGGGUCGUCUUUCAUAUUAGAGCGCAUGGCGAAUUCGUUGAGGGACUUGCUCAGCCGGUCAGGCACCACCGUCCUGUCAUCCUGCCCAUCCACACAAGACACAGACGCACACACUCAUCAGUGCAACACGUACAGAAAGGACCCCUGCUGACUUACGCCCUUCAUUUUGAGCACCGACGACACGGCCCCCGCCACGUUGUUGAGCCUGCCCUUCACAGGAUCCGUCAGAUCGACAUCUCCAUCACCGCCAAACAGCACAUCCGCCGCGGCCAUCAGCGGCUCGACAUUCGUAUCCUCCUCCUUCGCUUCCUCCAUCUUGUCGGCAUCAACAUACUCACCAGUGAGCUUGCUCAUGACUUUCUCGGCCUCACUGAGUUUGUUCACGACUUUCUCGGCCUCGGCCUCACCGACGGCCCCCAGAGCGUCACGCAGCCGCCCCCGCAGCUCCUGCACGGACCCCGUGAGCGUCUCGUCGCCUUGCAGGAUCUCCAUGACCUCCUCGCCGAGCUCCAUGAACGACACACCCGUAGCCUUGCUGAGGUCUGUGAGCAGCUUCCCCGCGUCACUGGCCAGCAGCUCGGCCUCUCUCAGCGGGGUGCCCCUGCCGGCCGUCCUGAUGUGCCGCAGCCCCUCCUUGAACGCAUCAAGGUCGCUGCCGAGGGAGGUGGUCCUUCCGCCCUGCUCGUCCAAGUCGAAAAUGAAAUCGAUGAUGUCGCCGUCGAGGAAGUCGUUGUCAAGCGCGUCGAGCAGCGGCAAAUCCAAGAGGGAGCCGGGACCGUCCUUGUCGAGGAGAGACAGCCGGCCGGUCGCGUCGUCGUUCGCUGCGGGGGCGUUGUCAUUGGCUGCAGGGGGCGGUGUGACGUUGGCUGCCUGGGUCAGCUCGUCGUCGGCUGCAGGGGCAGGCGUGACAUCGCUGGCCUGGGCUGCUGCUUCUCCUUGCUGGUCAGGGCCGUGUGGGAGAAUGCGUGACUCGAGGAAGGGAGAGGGGAUGAGGAACUCGGAGGGCGCCAUGUCUGCUCCACAUGCCAGCAGCAAAGACGAGACAAGAGCCAGCACCAGCAUCAUGGCGUUCAGAGGAGAAGAGAAGGAAGCGCACAGAGAAGGAGGAGAUAAUGAAAUACGACGAACAGAA